AUGAAAAGAGGGGGACAGCACCCAACACGCGCACACUGGAACUGCAGCAGUCCAGACUGGCAGUCUGACUGGGGAAGUAAUCCGUCUUGCAAGACUCGGGACUGCCCACAGAGGACAGAGCUCGGCCACGGCUGCCAAUCGUUCAUCGAUCAUGCUGUGUUUCGUCGCCAUCAGCCCUCGCGGGAAAGCCUAAAGGCGGCGAUCCGGAAUCGCGACGGCAGUCAGAGCGACUCAGAUUGCCUACAACACCUUCCCUCUGGCGCAAAGAUGAGCAAGACCCAUCAACAGUGGAGCAAGGUUGCUUCCUCUAUCGGCUUUAGGCCCACGCCCGCGUCUGGAUCCUCUCUGCUCGCCGUCGUCAAGACAUGGUCGCCUCAGACGCCCACAUCUGGCUCUCUACCGAGCAAUCAGGCGUACCUUGCGCUGUCGAGCUCAGGUCUGUCAGAUCUCUCGUUGUCGGCCUUUUCGACGGAAGCGGCUCCCAAUAGCUACAUUCACCCAGAGUCAGCCGAUCAGACGAGAACGACUUCUGUUGGAGGGCGCUCGCUCGACUUCUUCGAUUCGGCUGCUCCUCUUGAGGGCAGUGGAUCUGCAAGCGUCCAUGCAUCGGUAUCGAGAUCGCGGAGACGUCAUGCCAGCCCUUCACGGCGGCAGGUUCCAGGAGUCAACCGCACCAGCGGUCUCUCGAGCCUUUUGAGUUAUGUAAGACCAGCUAGCGUGUCUCUGCCGGUCUGCGCAUUUUUUGAUGGACAGACCGAGUCAAGUCACUCCUACACCACCUUGCCGCCCUCCGCGCGGUUUGCCGCCGGCACACAUUCGCAGAGCAAAGCUCUUCCAAACCAAUUGCUUCAAGUCUCAUAUUCUUCAGCUUCAGCGUCCUUGCAGGCGCCUUAUUCACCCGCCGGUCCCGCAUCAUCAUUGCACGACAGCGGUCUAGAUGGCGGCGCCAGAAGGACCGGACGGGGGGUAGACUAUAGUUCCGGCCCAAGCUACUUAUCUGGCGUCUUCUCUGGCGCAGGUCUGUUGCCCAGCAAGCGAUCAUAUAUCUUCUCGCACGGCGCCUACGGCAUACCCAAACACGGACAUCAGCAAGCAGGCACAGGCGGCUCAGGGAGGGGUCCGCGAAUUAGUCACCCUCUUUACCCGAAUACGUCCCAGGGUGCCGCUGGCGAGCUGAAAUCGCAGCGCGAUCGAGCCUACACCUCGCCUACUAAGACGGCAAGAGAGGAUGUCGGGCUCAGCGUGCAGGUGGGCGAAGACGCCUACUUUCUCCGCACGGAUUCGCUCGGUGUCGCCGACGGCGUUGGCGGUUGGUCUGGUCACAAGGGGGCAGAUCCUGCACUUUUCUCGCGCAAGCUCAUGCAUCACUGCUCAUCCGAGAUGGCACGAUAUGAUGAUAUUGAGGAUGAGAUGUUUUUGCAGUAUUACGACGUCGAUCCCGUGCAAGUGCUUCAUCGUGCCUCCGAGAGCUGUCUAUCCGAAGCGAGAGAGGAAGGAAUUAUAGGAAGCUCGACCGCUCUGCUCGCUAUCCUGCGCAAUGACGAACUGCGCCUCGCCAACGUGGGCGACUGCUGCUGCUCGAUUAUAAGAGGCCAGGAUUACAUCUUCCGGUCAGAGGAGCAGCAACACUCGUUCAAUUUUCCGGUACAGAUUGGCACAAACUCGAAAGAUACGCCCCUCAAAGACGCGCAAUCGUUCACAGUCAAGGUGCAAAAGAACGAUAUUGUCAUACUAUCGUCGGACGGUCUGGUCGAUAAUCUGUUCGACGAAGAUAUUCUCGAAGAGGUCCUCCGCUUCGCGCACUAUGCUCCUGCUGCACCCACGCCAACAGAAGUGCCUCGGCAUGGCAAUGAAGCAAAAAGCGCACAACUCAAUCUGCUCAGAUUUUCGCCUCAGGCAGUCAGCGAGGCGCUAUGCAGUCGUGCAAAGGCAGUCAGCGAGGACCAGAGAGCGGUCAGCUCGCCCUUCCAACAGCGCGCAAUGGAAGAGGGCAUUCACUAUGUCGGAGGGAAAAAUGACGACAUUAGUGUACUUGUCGCUGUCGUGGGUGACUCGGAAGACAGUGCAGUAUGUUAG